AAGCAAACACACCAACACAAUGUCCGACACCGCAUCGAAGAAACAAAACAUUUUAGCUCACAAAUACGAAGAACCGGAGUGUAAAAGCAGGGCGUGUUUUGACGCUGCAUCGUGGGUUUCAAAAUUUGGGAAGACAUCCAAAGAUACAGAGGUCAGCAGUCUGCCAGUUAAAGCCACUUCUAAAGAGUGUCCGUUAGACAAGGAUGAAUUGGGAAGACAUACUUGGGGAUUCUUGCAUACAAUGGCUGCUAACUAUCCUGAACAACCGUCUGAGCAGCAGCAGAGAGACAUGAAGGAUAUGAUGCACCUGUUUUCCAAGUUCUAUCCAUGCAAUUAUUGUGCAGAGGAUUUGAGGGAAACUAUGAAAAAGUAUGAGCCUCAAACGGGAAGUCAGGAGGACUUUUCACAGUGGAUGUGUAAAAUGCACAAUAUUGUGAAUGUUAAACUUGGGAAACCAGAAUUUGAUUGUGGACUUGUUAACCAGCGGUGGCGAGAUGGCUGGAAAGAUGGAUCUUGUGACUGAUCUCAGCCAUUUGUUGUAUAAGGUUCUGUGAUAUGUUUACCUCAAAUAUUGUUAGCAAAUAAAUUUAGACAGUUUUCAUACCAACAACUGGCUGCUGA